CUGCCCCUGGGCCUAAUGAUCUUGGAGGCCCGCUCCGGGGUUCCCAGAGGCAGCCGGGCGGGGUAGAGCGACCUCUGUAGGCACAGGUGACCCGGGCUCUCAGCUCUGAGCUCAGGUUCACUCACUUGCCCCUUUCCUGCAUGAUGCCGCCUUACCUGGGCUCCUGCCUCACCCCUUGCACCUCCGCAGGCUGAAUGUUCCUGGGCCCUUUAAGGAGGCAGGACUCACUAACCAAGGACCAGAGUCUACAAGUGGGCUCUGUCCUCAGGACACUGAGGGAGGGACUCUUGGUGUGCUCCUCGUACGGGGGAGGGAACUGAGGCUGGGAGGGAAAGGCACUGGUCGCUUCAGCUCCUGUCUGACCCCCCAGCCCUGUGAGGCCUGGUCUGCUGUGCUCUGCUCCCACUUUCAGGAAGAGCGUACACUCCAGGGAGGGAGGUGUGAUGUUGGCAGGGCCGGGAGUGGCUAGGCCUGGAGAGGAAGCUGCGCCCAGACCGCCAGACCCCCGCGGGCAGGGAAGGAAGCCAGAUCCAGGCUCGUGCCCACCUGCCAGCUUCCAGUGCCGCACCAGUGGCUUCUGUGUGCCCCUCACCCUGCGCUGCGACGGUGACGAGGACUGCCCCGACGGCAGCGAUGAGGAUGAGUGCAGGAUCAAGCCUUGUGCCCAGGACGGAGAGUGCCUGCCAGUCACUGGCAGCCCCUGCCCUUGUGACAACAUCGAUGACUGCCGAGAUGGCAUCGUGGACAACGUUUACAACUGCAGUUACCAGCCCUGCCCGGCGGGCGAGCUCCGCUGCCUGCGAGGCGGUGCCUGCAUCCCACACACCUGGCUCUGCGACGGCCACGGCGACUGUCCCGGCUCCAGUGACGAGCUUGGCUGUGGAACUGAGACUCUCCAGGAUAAGGCUGCCACGUCCAUAGGGACCUCUGUGACCCCAGACGAUGUCACCUCUCUCUGGAAUGCCACAGCCAUCCCUGUUGAGGACCAGGACUCAGUCCAGGCUGGAAACCGAAGUGCUUGUGGGGUUAUCGCAGCUGCAGUGGUGCUCAGCGUCGGCGUAGCUGCCAUCUCCCUGUUCGUCUUGUCCCGGCUCCGUGCCCAGGGGCGCCUGUACCCGCUGGGGCUGCUCAUGGUCAUGAAGGAGUCUCUGCUGCUGUCAGAGAGGAAGACCUCGCUGCUCUGAGGACGAGCUCGUGCCACCACGGACGGCUCCUGGGCCCUAAGCACGGCCGCUACAGGGACAUGUCCAUUGGUGGCAGCAGCGCACAGCCACUGGCCCCUCAGCCCUCAGAUGUGGGUCCUUCUGGCUGUGCAGCACCUCAGACUUCAGCUCUUGCAGCUGCAGCCCUGGACACUGGGGGUGCUGGGACCCCCCGCAGAGGCAGGCGGCCUGGCACUGAGGGGCUGGCCCCAUGCUCAGACACUCCUGCUGCUCCCAUGUGAAGGUGGGGAUUAAAGUCACUUCACAUCCUC